AUGAGCGUACGUCUUAUUGAAAGCGAUCACGGCUUUGAGCAAGAAUUGGAAGCAGCUGGUGUUCGUUUGGUUGUGGUCAAUUUUAUAUGCGAAUGGUCCACCACUUCAGCUACUCUUGAAUCACACUUUGAACAACUAUCAAACAAAUAUCCACGAGCUAUUUUCCUAAAAGUUAAUAUUGAUAACUGUAAAAUCACAGCUAUAGCACAGUGUGUUCCGGUCCCAACGUUAUUCUUCUACAGAAAUAAGACAAAGAUUGAUCAUCUUCAAAAUGCCAACUUAGAUGAAUUGGAAGCAAAAAUCCAACUACAUAUUGGUUGUGAUAAUGCCGAUUCAGGUGAAGACCUGAAACAGGGUUUGAUGGAUCUCAGAGGGCUGAUCACGAAAAACCAGUGUGAAUGUUUGGGCGGAGCAGAUAAUUUUCCGUUGGAACACUUAUUCACGGACGGCAGAACGGUGGCAAUUCUUUAA